AUGCACUCCCUUCUACAGUAUCGCUCCGCAUCUGGACAGUUUAUCGGAGGCACGUUGCUCGUCGCGAUCCAGUCCAACACCAAGCGGUAUCUGAAUUUGUUCUGUGAAGUGAUUGACCGCAUGAUGCCUGAUCCGGACCGGGACAUUUCCGAGAAGGACGACGUGUUGGAUGUCAUUCGGCACCAGCGCCUGGAGCGCAAUGCCAUGAACGAGCAACAGGAGGAGAGCAUGGGCGAAGUAGCAGAGGUAUUUCCCCCCACACUUCUUCGCCGCUACAUGCUGUAUUUCCGCCCGCCUUCGCGCACGGCGUCCCUGCCCGUACGAGCGAUUCGCGGCGCACAUCUUGGAAAGCUCUUGAGCGUGCGCGGGAUUGUCACACGCAUCUCCGAUGUGAAGCCGUCGAUUCUCGUCGAUGCGUACGCAUGCGAUGUAUGCGGUGCCGAGGUGUUUCAAGAAGUCACCGGACAGCAGUACAUGCCCUUGACCUUUUGCACGAGUCGGGUGUGUGUGACCAACAGGACACGGGCCCCGCUGUAUCCGCAGGCCAGAGCGAGCAAGUUUCUCGCCUACCAAGAGAUCCGGAUCCAGGAGAUGACCGACCAGGUGCCGGUGGGGCAUAUUCCGCGCUCGAUGAAUGUGCACCUGUACGGCCGGCUCACACGGCAGGUCAGUCCCGGCGACAUUGUGCAGCUGGGCGGCAUAUUCCUGCCGCUGCCAUACACAGGCUUCCGAGGCAUCCGUGCUGGCCUGCUCACUGACACGUAUCUGGAAGCACAGUCGAUCCACCAGCUGAAAAAGACAUACGAGGCUAUGGAGCCGACGCCAGAGAUGGAGGCGGAACUAGCUGAAUUGCGCUCGGACCCGUCCUUGUACCAUCGACUCGCAUCGAGCAUUGCGCCGGAGAUCUACGGCCAUGAAGACAUCAAAAAGGUGCUGCUGCUCCUGCUCGUGGGCGGAUGCAACAAGACGAUGGGCGAUGGCCUCAAGAUUCGUGGCGACUUGAAUGUCUGCCUCAUGGGGGAUCCUGGUGUGGCCAAGUCGCAGCUGCUCAAGUAUAUUGCGAAGGUCGCGCCCCGUGGGCUGUACACGACAGGGCGUGGGUCGUCCGGCGCCGGUUUGACCGCCGCGGUGUUGCGGGACCCCGUCACGGACGAGAUGGUGCUCGAAGGCGGCGCACUUGUUCUUGCGGACAACGGCAUCGCCUGCAUUGACGAGUUUGACAAGAUGGAAGACGCCGACCGGACGGCGAUCCACGAGGUCAUGGAGCAGCAGACCAUCUCUAUCUCGAAGGCGGGCAUCAACACGACGCUCAAUGCACGCACAUCGAUCCUCGCAGCUGCCAACCCGCUGUAUGGCCGAUACAACCCACGCGUUUCGCCCGUCGACAAUAUCAACUUGCCAGCCGCCCUCCUGAGCCGAUUCGACAUCCUGUAUCUGAUUCUUGACUCGCCCUCCCGUGACGAUGACGAGCGGCUCGCUCAGCACGUCACGUAUGUCCAUAUGUACAGUGCGCCGCCUGUGCAGGCGCAGGAUGUGGUGCCGCCGCAUCUGCUGCGCCACUUUAUUGCUGCUGCGCGGCAGUGCCGGCCCGUGAUCCCACGCAGUGUAUCGGACUAUGUGGUGAAUGCAUACGUGCAAAUGCGUGCACAGCACAAACAGGACGAGGAGCGCGACGAAGCAUUCACCUACACGUCUGCCCGCACGCUGCUGGGCAUUGUGCGGCUGUCACAGGCGCUUGCACGCCUGCGCUUUGCUGACAUGGUCGAGAUCGGCGACGUCGAAGAGGCGUUGCGUCUCAUGGAUGUCAGUAAAGCGUCGCUGUACACGUCGGCUCGGCACCGCGGCGAUCUGGGCCAUGACCAGAGCUAUGUCUCGCGAAUCUUUCGUCUCUUGCGAGAAAUGGCCGUACAUGCAGGCCAGGAAGAUCCUGCGCAUGCGAAUGCGUCGGGGCUGGGCGAGCUUGUGCUGGCGGAUGUGCGUGCACGCGUCCUAGCUGCAGGCUGGGUCGAAGACCAGCUGCAUGACACGCUGCAAGAGUACAGUUCGUUGAAUGUGCUCCAAGUCGUUGGCCAGCGCAUUGUAUUUGCUUGA